AUGUGUUAGCAUCGUAGGUUAGCAGAGUGAUGCAGUUUAAGCUGGCAGCGUUUCUUUGACUGUCUAAAUGUGUGGAAAAUGUCUGUGCUUGGAAGAGAAGAGAAACCACAGCGAGCAGAUGUCCGGCAGUUGUUAGUGAAUAAAGAAGAGCAGGAGGAGUGGAGCUCCAGUCUGGACCAGAAGGACACUGAGCUCCCACACAUUAAAAAGGAACAGGAGGAACUGUGGAGCAGUCAGGAGGGAGCGCAGCUUCAAGGACUAAAGAGGGACAACACCACCAAGUUCCCAUUGGACAUUGUCACUGUAAAAAGAGAGGAUGAGGAAGAAAAGCUUCAGGUCGCACAGUUUUCUCAAAAACAAAGUGAACAGAUGGAAAUAGAAGCUGAUGGAGAGGAUUGCAAAGGAGCAGAACCAGGCAGGAACACAGAUCCAGAGACACAUUUUCAACCUGAGACUGAGCACAGGACUGAAGACUCUUCAGAAGCUGAGACUGAUGACAGUGAAGAUUGGGCAGACAACAGAGAACAUCAGACUAUGGAAAAAAAUAAAAACAGGAGACUUAACACUCAUAAGAGAAAACAUAGCUGCUGUGAGUGCCAUAAAGCUUUCAAUUCAAAACAAAAUCUGGCUCAACACUUGAGAAUUCACACAGGAGAGAAACCCUUCAGUUGCUCUCUUUGCAGCCAAAGAUUCACCCAGAAGAGUAGUCUAAUAGCACACUCUUUAGUGCACACGGGAGAGAGACCCUUCAGCUGCUUUCGGUGCAGUAAAACAUUCAAAACAAAACAGCAUCUUAAAGGACACGUACGAAUUCACACAGGAGAGAAACCCUUCAGCUGCUCUGUUUGCCAUAAAACUUUCAAAACAAAACAGCAUCUUACACAACACAUGAGGGUUCACACAGGAGAGAAACCCUUCAUCUGCUCAGACUGCGGUAAAAGAUUUAUGCGGAAAGGAAAUCUGACCACACACAUGCUGGUUCACACAGGAGAGAAACCCUUCAUCUGCUCUGUUUGCAAUAAAACAUUUAAUGUAAAAAGAAAUUUGAACACACACAUGAUGGUCCACAAGAAGCGGAAAUACUUCCACUGCACUGAGCUCAGUAAAACUUUGAAAAAUAAACAACAAUUGAAAGAAAUCAUAAAAAUUCAUACCGGAGAAAAACCCUUCAGCUGCUCCAUUUGUGCUGCAGCCUUCAAAACAAGGCAAAAUCUGAUACAGCACAUCAGAAUUCACACAGGAGAAAAACCCUUUAGCUGCUCUGACUGCAGUAAAAGUUUUUUACGGAAAGAACAUCUUACCAGACACAUGUUGGUUCACACAGGAGAGAAACCGCUCAGCUGCUCUGUUUGUGACCUAAAAUUCUCAUGGCUUUCACAGUUAAAAAGGCACAAGUGUGUUGGAAAGCAGGCUACAGAAACAAGCUGAUGUGGAGGUGCCAGCCAGGAACUCCGGCUAGAGAGACACUCACUAAUAUGGUUAGCCCAGGUGAAAGGAAACCCUACUGUAAAAAAGCAAAAAUAAUAAUGAUAAUAAUAAAGUGACCAUUGAUCAAAUGAACGAGGAUAUGUUAG